GGAAGUGACUCGACGUAGUUUGGCCAAUUAGCACGUGUAUUUUGACAUUUCUGGGGAAAAACACGUGUUUUCUUCAAGCUUGGAUGGAUAUUUAAAAUAAUGUUUAUUUAGAAUUGUGUGUGCUUCCAAAACCCUGGUGAAUUUUCUGGAUGGUUGAAGGUCCAUUGAUGAUGAUGACUGAAAUGGAUCGCCAUCACGCGGAGGAGUUUGGAGGUAAUGACCUGAUACCAGAUACGAGGGAGCUGAUUGAGCUGGAUGAGCCGGACGUUGAUCAGAUGAGGAGAGAUCGCAAUGACAGGACAAGAUGUGUGAUGGAGGCAUUCAGUCCAAGUUUGGCCAAGACUGUUCUUCCAAAGCUCGAUAACCUGUCCCUUGAAGAACGCUCAGCCAUCUGCAUCCAAUCAUAUUACAGAGGACAUCGCGGAAGACGGCACUACUUUGACGUAUUGUAUGAUCAUUUUGAAAAGGAGGAAGCCAUGAGAUUAGAGAAAACCAUGAAGCAAAUGGAGGAAGGCGAAUUAUUGGUCGAAAAUCACCAGCUGACAGUAGAGUUAGAGGACAACAGUACAGCCAGGAGGAAUAAGUCAAGGCACUAUCUUGAUAAGGUUAUUGUCAUCCAGAGGGCGUGGCGACAGUUUCGUCUGGGUCAAGAAGAAGAAGCUGAGGACGAGGAAGAAGCGACGUACUCACGUAACCUGCCAUCACCACCGCCAUCUGAGAUCGAGGAACUGAGUGAGAUUGACAGUCUAAAUGGCAAUCAGGCGAUGUCAAUAUCGACCAAUGAGGGAAGCCUGAGGAACCUCCACCCAGAUGACGAGAUUUUAACUGAUUUUGAUACUGCAGUGCCACCUGAACAUGAUCGCAUUGUUGUUCCACGAGAUACUGACUCGGUCCUCUCUGACUAUUCUGAGAUGGCCGACCCGCUCAAGGAACACUUUGACGAGCAGGACGUCAAGAUCAUAAAGAUGGAAGACUUGGAGGCAGGCAAUACUAUGUACCCAGCGACUGAGUUACGUAUCAAACGAUCACCUGACGAGUCUGAUGAAGAAUAUACUAAACGUGUGAAGAAAAUGAACUAUCUGAGUUUAGCGCAGGAAUUUGCUGAGCUAAAGAAGGUUAAUGCAGAUGCAUUGCCCUUUGACAUGCAUAAAGGUCAAACGUACGAGGUUAUGAGUUCUGAUGAGGAAGAGGAUUAUUGUAGCUCUGAGGGUGGCAGCUCGGAACUGCCAACUCCCUGUGCCUCGGAGAAACCGUUUGGAUACUUUGGGGAGCUAGAGUCUCCUGCCACUGAGAAUAUGGAGAAUUUUAAUCAGCGGACUUAUAAGAAUAAGAAUUUGCAUAAUGAAAGUAAAUCUUGGCCGAUGAAGCCAGAUUCGGAGAUGGACUACCGUAAUCAUAAUCAACAUGACAACAACACUACUACUAGCGACACCUGGAGUGGCAAUGAGGAGUAUCAUUAUAAAGAUACGACUCUCCCCGCUAACGUAACACAGCUUGAAGAUCUGCCCAAAAACAUGCGUUACCAGAAAUGUGUUCCAUCUCAGGAGGAAUAUGAGAAGAGAGCGCACUCUGAUGGCUCAAGCCCCAACCAAGAAUCAGCCGAUUUCGAUGUGUACAACAUUGAGAAUACGCUCCAACACAUGGACUGGGCAACAUUUGAGAAACAACUACAACGAGUCGAGGAGUCCGAGGAACAAAAGACUGGAAAGUCAAGGCGCAACGAUCGAGAAGAAAUACGUCGAAAACUAGCGAUGGGUGCAGAUGAGGAAUACUACGGUGGCGAGCGAACCUUUAAAAAACCCAGCCUGCAAACACGGCUCCAGAGUGGCAUGAACCUGCAGAUAUGCUUCAUGAAUGACUCAACUAGUGAUCAGGAAAGUGUCGAUUCAGAGACGGACACAACACGAUCGUCACCUAGACAUAUAUCCAGUACCAUGAAGACAAGGCAGUACUCGGAGCUGACGAAGCCGAUGCAGCUAUGCUUCAUCAACGACUUGCCAUCAGAUGACGAAGACGACCGGUCAGAGUCAACGGUGCAGGACACGACACAUGACACGCUCACCGCCAGCGAGGACGAAUCACAAACUAAAUACCUCGAGAGUGACGAGGAACAGCCGUAUGUCAAGUUUGAUUCAAAUGGUGACCUUGAACUCCGGAAAGAUUCUCAAGAUUUCACAGACUCGGUUGAAGAGCAUACAGAGGAUCAUGACAAUCAAGAGACUGAUAGAUUAUUAAAGGAAUCCUCUCCAGAUUUUCCUGAAGAGCCCGACGGUUUAGCAGAAAUCUUUAAGAAAAUUAAAUCUGACCGCGUUUUAAAUCACGGCGAGUACCGCUCGCUGAUGGUCGACUAUAUUUUUGAACAACCUGAAGUGCCAGAGCCCAAACAACUGCAACCACCACCAAAAUCAUCGCAGCCCCCUACGCGGCCAAUGUCAGAGGGAGAUGCUGACUUGUACAUGACGAAGAAGCCAGAUGAAGGAAGUGAUGAUUUCUUGUCCCGCCAGGCCAGGCUUCAGGCAGAGGCAAGGAUGGCCUUAGCUCAGGUGCGACCGAUGGCCCAUAUGCAAUUAGAAGUAGAGAAACAGAGUCGCAAGAAGUCACCGAUGGCGGAAAUGGUAAAUGUUGUUUAUGUUGGCAUCCCAGGAUUCAUUGGCAACGGACGACGGAAGAAGCUGACCAAAGGCCUGAUGUUUGAUAUGAAUAUCGCCCAGCUACAAGUCCUAGUUAACGAUCUUCACUCACAGAUCGAAACUUUAAACGAGGAACUAGUCACGAUGUUGGUGGAACGAGAUGACCUUCACAUGGAACAGGACUCGAUGCUUGUUGAUAUUGAAGAUCUCACACGGCACUUUUCACUCCGCCGGGCGCAAGUUGAAUAUGCACAAAAACUUUGUGAUCAAAAACUACAAAAACGUCACGCAAAAAGAAACAAUAGCACAACUAGUGCUGUCACUUCGGCUGGUUCUGCAGCGAGUAGGAAAAAAUGAGAAUACGCAAGCAAUGGAAUAGUCUUGAAAUGAGUGUGUGCAGCUGAUGUAAUAGCCAAACAUUGUAUAUAGGUCUUCAAGGAUUGUGAAACGAGGCUGUGGGAGUUUAUAGCGACUCUGUUCUGAGAUGGUGUCUGUGUAAUUCAAGGAUGGAUUAGUUGCCAAUGGUGGUAGAAGGUGCAGAUCAGAUGGCUCAAUGCUGUAUUUAUUGCCCAACCAAGGUCAACUUUGGAACUCGUACAUAGAAUCUAAGUGUUGGCUUGAUAAGGUGUGCAUUUGAAAAAGUGGAGAACAUCCACAUACAAAAAGAGGUGGUAUUGAAAUUGGUGCCAUUACCCAGCAGGUUAUUGAUAUGUGGUAGCUGCUUAAACUCAAAAGCAUUGAGAGUGUCGUUGAAUACUAUGUGCUCCUUGUUGAAUAGCUGCAGGCUAGAGAGACUGGCCUGACGGCUGUGCUGGCCUGACGGCUGUUCUCAUGGAGACCGGAGUGCUUGGGGUGUUAGACUAACCAAGAAGUGAGGUGUUCGUGAUCAGCGAGCCUUGGUUGUCUAUAAUCAAUACUUGAAUGUUCCAUAGGAGCUUUUUUCAAUGAACAUAUUUCUGUGGAGCAAAGCUGCAAGAAUAAUGCACGUCAAUCAAAUGGGAGCAUGUUCAAUUAGGUGACGACUAGUGACUUCAUCUGCAUCAUUUGGCUAAAAUGGUGCUCAAGAUUAUCAAACAAAUCUAAAGGUGCGAAAUAUGAAUCAAAACGAUAUGGAAUGGUUGCUGAUGGUUCCAAUGGUAACCAUAGUAACCAUGCAUGUUACAAGAGAUACGCUCUGUUGCUCCCUCUCUUGAAGAGAUAGAGAAUUAUACAGUUGAAUGUGUAUAUUGUGAUGUUGGUGGAACUUGCUGCACAAAGCACCACCUAUGUGGUGUUUGAUUUUGUUUUUGCGUCCAUGCUUUCAAGGUCUGUGGUAUUGAGUAAUGUGUAAUCUUAUAGUGAUCUUCUGUGAUGUUGUGUGACCCUUAGUGCCAUGGAUACAAUUGAUGGUUCCUCUGGUUAAUGCCCUGUAUGCUAUAGUAACGAACAGUGUUGGUGUGGUAACGACCCAUGUUGCCAUAGUAACAAUGUUGUCAUGGCUAAAGCCCUUGUUGGGGUCAGUAUACUUUUGUUUACCCACAAACAAUUGCGCAGCUAAUAUGGACAUUUGGGAAUCUCCUGGGUCCGGUUGUUAGAAAGCAUGUUAGCUCAUAACAUCAUGCUGACAUGAACAUCAUGUUGACAUGUACAUCAAUGCACAUAACAACAUGUCAGCAUGAUGUUAUGAGCUAACAUGCUUUCUAACAACCGGACCCUGGGCUAUUUCUUUGAGGCUCAGUAGGAGGUCAUCUUCACCUUUGUGCUUUUUGACCAUUUUGAUGAUAAAGAGAACUCUACAUGAAUCUCAACAUGAACAUGCCUUCUUUCUGUAGCUCCGAAUGGAACCCACAGCCAACCCAAUACGUUUCUGUGAUCUUUCUGCCUCAAGACACAAUGGAAUAAGCACGGUGUCUUCCCAAUGGAAUUGUCAAUCAAAGGUAUGACUUAAUCUACCAAAACAUUAUCAUUAUUUACAAGCAAACCACCGGCUAAUCAAAAUGAAAUUGAACAGUGUGAUUUUGUGACAAUUCAUUAUCUGCGACUGACUGUCCUAAGGUAGCAGUCUCUGAUCUUCUGUGGCGACAUGCAUGUAUAUGUUUGGUGCACAAACAGUUACCAAAAUGAUUAUCGGGUACUGGUACAAAAAUAUUUCAGAACAGAUUGAUUCUGAAUGAUUUACUUUAGUUAAUCUUUCGUUGAGACAUUUAGGACUUUACUUUUGUGCUCCAAAAGGAAAGUGUGUUUGCUGACAAGUUACCUGAACAAUACUCGAGCCUCUCAAUCAAAAGAGCAAGAUAUCAUCAAAUAAAGGCCUGUCACAUUUGACAGAGUGACACUAUCAUCAAAUAAAGGCCUGUCACAUUUGACAGAGUUACAGUAUCAUCAAAUAAAGGUCGGUCACAUUUGACAGAGUUACACUAUCAUCAAAUAAAGGCCGGUCACAUUUGACAGAGUGACACUAUCAUCAAAUAAAGGCCGGUCACAUUUGACAGAGUGACACUAUCAUCAAAUAAAGGCCGGUCACAUUUGACAGAGUUACACUAUCAUCAAAUAAAGGUCGGUCACAUUUGACAGAGUGACACUAUCAUCAAAUAAAGGUCGGUCACAUUUGACAGAGUGACACUAUCAUCAAAUAAAGGCCUGUCACAUUUGACAGAGUUACACUAUCAUCAAAUAAAGGCCUGUCACAUUGGACAGAGUUACACUAUCAUCAAAUAAAGGCCUGUCACAUUUGACAGAGUUACACUUUAUGUAUGUGCCAGUUGAUGAACAAGAAGCAUUUAAAUGAGUUUUGAAAUCAUGGUAAACACUUUUGCCAAACAUAAACUUCAGUCAAUGGAAUCAUAAACUAAAGUUUUAGCUGGAGUCAUUACAAAGGAACAUGCACUCUGCAAUGUGACGUAACUUGGUUUAAUAAUUGCCCAGAAAUACAAGAUGUCGAAUUGUCUUGAUAUUUGCUUUUUUCAUUGCCGAGGGGUGAUUGAAA